AUGUGCGAAGGGAUUGACAACCUGAAAUCCCUUUACGACCGUGCCGGGAAGACUUUCUCCGGCGGUCCUUCUGCGGCACAGGAUGUGUCGCGUCGUACUGCUCGACCAGACCCAGUACGUCAACCAUCAAUUGGGAGCGGGGCUCCCAAGAAUCCCAGGACGGGGGAUAGCCGCGCCACCGGACGAGGUAACUCGUCCGACGUCCGUUCACGUCGCGGUGGUUCAACAGCUGCUCAACUAGAUAGCGCUGGCCACCGCGAGAGUCCUCUAAUGGAGGUGGAGGAGGAGGAAAGACGCUCUCCACACGAUCAUGUGGAUCGGUGUGUUCCCGAGAGCUUCUUUGAUCGCGUAACGCAAGGGUUACGCGACGAUCUCGAGCAUGAGCGGAAUAGGCGUCUCCAGAUGGUGGACACUGCCUCGAAGCAUCGAGCUGAGUUUGCCUUUGCUCAGCUUGAGAACGAGAGAUCUCUGACAUCUCUUCGUGACGAGCUAAGGGUAGCUCGUGGGAUUGUUGAUCGGUCUCGGGCUGAGAUAACUGCUCUUCAGACCCUUGUUGAUGCCCACCAUCGGGAGCACAAGGCUCUCUGCGAGAUGCUUGAGCGCAAGGGCGUUCUUCAUCGGAAGAAGCAGCGUACUGAUGGUACGGCUUAA